AUGGGUCGCUCAAUCUCGGUUUGUCAUUCCACGAGAGUCGAACAUCACGCUGAUUUAUCUCGAUUCUGGGAAAUUGAGGACCCUCUCUCGGCUUCUUCUUUCACUGAGGAUGAACUUCUCUGCGAGGAGCAUUUCGUUGCUAAUCAUGUGCGAUUAUCCUCCGGUCAAUUCAAGAUAAGGUUACCCUUUCGAGAUGGUUCUCCCAUCGAGAUCGGUAAUUCAUUGGGUAGAGCAAAACUUAUUCUAGAGAAAACUGUUGCUUGUUCAAAAACGAAAUCAGCAAUUCAAGUGGAACAUUUCGCCUUUUUGUCUGAUUAUAAAGAGUUAAACCAUAUGGAACUAGUUAACGAUUUUAAGGAAACGGAUUCUUCUCAAACUGUAUACCUGUCCCAUCAUCCUAUUAUUCGAGAAAACAGUUCUACUACUCAUCUACGAGUAGUCUUUAAUGCCUCAAGUAUUACUUCCGCUGGAUCCUCUCUGAACUCGCAUCUACAUAUAGGUCCAAAAUUAUUAACUGAUUUAGUUUCAAUCAUUUUGCGCUGGGGUAUGCCACACUUUGUUUUUGUAGCCGACGUGGAAAAAAUGUUUCGUCAAAUUAAAGUUAAUCCACGUGAUUGUGAUUACCAGCGCAUAUUGAAGCAUUUACCAGAAGGCAAACUAGAAGCCUGGAGAUUAAUAAACGUCACUUACAGAACAUCAUGUGCCCCGCACUUGGCUAAUCGCGUUAUAAAACAAUUGGCUAGGUAUGGAGGUUUUCAUUUUCCUAAAAAUCAAGCGAUCUUAAAGAAUAAUGUAUAUGUGGAUGACGUUCUCUUUAGCGCAGACACAACCGAAGAAGCUAAUAAGUUUUGA